AUGUUAAAAAAGUCUGUAAAUUUAGAUAAGGACCAUGAAUUAGCCAAAGAGGCUGGAGAACAAUAUCGUUAUAACAUUGUGGAGCACACAUAUUUUCACAUGAAUGCAAACAUGAUACACAGUAAAUUAAUUCGUUUUUACAUCUCUGAAGUUAAAUUGUUCGAUGAUCAAAAAGCCAUGCUUCCAUUCGCAGUUUCACAACAUUUAGCAACCGACACCACUUGUCCAACUACUUCACGUGUCAUCGUCGUUUCUCGUUCUUUUCAAUGUCAGUUCCCGGCUAUUGACAGCUACUAGAAAAUCAUUUUAACUUAUUCCCUCCUACCACUUAUGAAACGACUGUGAUGUCAUACGGUGGCACUAAGUAUUCAUUUCUCAUUUUCUCAAUUUCAGUUUUUUUAUCACUUUAAAAUAAUUUAUCUGCUACAAAUUUAAUAACUAGAAAUCAUGUAUUACUUUCA